UAUAAAGACAUUAGCCUAUGCAUUUUUUGCUUUCUCUUUAAUGCUGGCCUUGGACUUUAUGCCAAAGAUCACCAAAAAUUCUUAAAUUCAGACCUUUUGUCCCAAGAGUUUGGACUCCUCAGGAAAUACAUUCUGCAACGAUCCUCGCAUCUUUCUCUAAAAAUCAGAAAUGGAAGAAGAAAGUGUGACGUAUUCUGUGUUGCGCGUUCACUCUCCAUCCCAGGGGCAGAGAACAUCAGAAGUACCUGAAACAGAAGGAACCACCAGUUUUGAGCAUCCAAUUAUGAGUGGAACAAAUAUAACCUAUUCUAAUUGUCUAUUUAAACAUUCAUCUGAGCCACAGAGAAGACAAGAUCAGAACUCUUUCAGCCAUCUAGAUCCUCCUGCCCCAUGUUUUUUAAGUAAAUUUGUUGCAAUCAUUCUGUGGAUUAUUUGCUUGGUGCUUCUUGUGUCUGUUGGCGUCUUAGCAACAAUGUUACAUAUGAAGUCAUUUCAAGUAGAAAGCCAUCCAGGAAAUUUUUCCUCUGACAAUGAAACAAAUAAAACAGAUCAGAAUCAUCCUGUUUUCCCUGUGUGCCCAAACAGCUGGCAUCAGUAUGGAAGUAAUUGCUAUUAUUUUUCUAGGAACAAACAAUCUUGGGAAGAGUGUCAUCAUUUUUGCAUUGGUUUAAAUUCAAUAUUUCUUAAAUUGAAUACUGAAGAAGAGCAGAGUUUUGUCAUAAAAUUGUCAAAGAUGCAAUGCGCUUUGCUAAAAGAAAAGUUUUGGAUCGAUGUAUACAACAGUCAACAACCAAAACUGCUGGAUGGUACAGCUCUGACCUCGGGCAAGCUUCAACUUCCAGGACAUGAGAAAACUAAUAAUAAAUGCAUGCAUAUAAAAAGUGGCCAAAUUAUUCCUGAAGAUUGCCAGGAUAAAGGCUAUUGUAUCUGCAAGAAGACAAUAUAUUCAUAUUAAAUAAAAUAUAU